AAUUAAACUUGACCUGAGGGGAAAAAACUGCAACUGGUUUGAAUUUUUUCUUCCAGCAGAGAAGAAAACCUGAAGCAAACAGAGACGUUGGACUGCUGAGUGUUGGUUAGCUGGUUGUUAGUUAACUGUUGGUUAGUUAACAGGUCGGUUGGUUAGUUUGAGUUAGCUGGUUAGUUUAUUUCUCUGUGAUGGAGGCAGGAACUGUCUGCAGCAGAAAAAGGCCCUGUGGCAGAGCUGAGCUCCAUCUGCACCAGGAGGCCUGCAGGAGGAGCAGCAGGGAGGAGGAGGAGGAGGAGCGGGCGAUGAAGAGGAGGAGGAGGACAGGCCGAGGCAGGAAGGAGAACAGAGACCCAGGAGAGGAUCCGCUUCAGACCAGAACCACCAAAGACCAGAGACGGAUUUCACAGACCAGAACCAGGACCAGAACCACGCCAGUUAGAUCUGGACUCAGGUCUGGGGUUCAGCUCCAGGUUUGCAGACCGGAAAUCAAAACAGCUCUGAUCAGGAAGACCAGGAGUCAGAACCUGAUCCUGAUCAAAGGGUCUGAAGCUUUGAUCCUCACAGACCAGAGUGACCCAGGACUCACCAGAACCACCGGCAAGGUCCGGUCCAGAUCCACGAUGAAACUGCCCACAGAGACCAACAGGAGCUCGGACAGGACUCUGGGUCCAGAACCUUGCAAACCUGAACCGGGACAGCAGAGAACCACAGCUGGGUCUGGAGUCAGGACAAGAGUGAGGAAGAAGAGGAAGGUCCACCCCUCUGCGUUCAGAGGCAGAGGUCAGCUGCGGCUGUCAAUCACUGCGGAGGCGGGACAACUCAUCAUUCACAUCCACGAGGCCCGGGGGCUGAUGGGCAAAUCCUGGAGGUCAUGUGAUUCGUAUGUAAAGCUGACCUCUGACCUCGACCACAGCAUCAGGAGGAAAACACGGGCGGUCCCGAACACAAAGAACCCGACGUAUGAGCAGAACUUCACACUGUGCAUCACAGAGCGUCUCCUCCUGAGCAGGUUGUUGUUCUCUGUGUUCAGACGACUUCCUGAUUCCAGGUGCAGCCAGCUGAUUGGAUGUAUGAGCUUUGGGAUUGGCUCUCUUGUCUCUUCCUCACAGCAGGUCACUGGUUGGUUCUACCUGCUGGCAGAGGAGUAUGGGCGGAGCAAACACCUGCGAGUGACAUCACAGAGAAGCAGACCCAUAAAGAGACCACAGGAGGAGGUGGGUCAAAAGGAG